UUAUAAGAUGGCCGCUCUCAGGUUUCUAUCUGCCAUGGCUAAGACCGACUCUAUCUUCUCGCUGUUCGUUAAUUCAGCGACUAGUUGGGAAACGGGUUUAAGCAAUAUAUUUCGCUUGGCUUUUCAUUCCCAUUGAUGAAUCCAUCACUAUCGACCAGUUUGCGCCGUGAUGCGGAAUCAAAAUCUGCACGUAACGAAGAUGACCGUUUAAUUAUGCGGUUGAGAAAUGACGAGGAGAUGCUAAGACGCAGGCGAAAAUGGAUGCGCCAACGAGAGCUGGAGAGAGAACACGAAAUAUUAAAAGAGCACAUGAUAAGGGACUAUGAGAAAAAACGGGCAGAAGCUAUGAAAUUACGCAAGGAAGCGUCUUUGCGUCAUCGAAGCAAGAGCAACAGUAAGUCACCGACGUAUCGACAUAGAGAAAAAUCUACGUCGAGUGCUACUUCCAAGUCUGAUACUAUGUUCACAAAAUUAGAUGAGUCCACAAGUGGGGCAGUACCUUUAUUCGAGAGUCCUAAGGGCACACAGAUUAGUACUAAAGAAUUACGUCGAAUUAAAGUUGAUAUUCGCAGGAAUAUUCCUGUGAAAGAGCCGGUUACUGAACACAUACAACGGGAUAUAGUUAAUCCCGAGGAAGUAAUCGUCAAGAGAAGAGCGGGAGAAGGACGUAAACCAAUAUUCGAAAGGGAUGAAAUAAAAAAGGUGGUUGAUGGAGUGGAGGAACGACGUACGGUUGUAGCCAUAGACGGCGAGCAAUCAGGAAAAUUGCGAAUUUCCAAAAGACGUUCGCCAUCAUUUAGCUCUAACAGGAGUCGCAGUUGUAGUCCUGGAUAUCGGGCUCCCACCAGAUAUCGAAAUACCGAAUCGAAAAAUUAUAAUAGUGUAGAGUACGAUUAUCAUAAAAGUGACAGACAUAGUAAUACAGAAAGUAAGGAACAUAAAGAAAAACAUAUUGACAGAGAGGAAAGAAUACUUGAUGGUAAUCGUUCAUAUUCCGGAGAACGCGGCACAGGCAGUUUUCAUUCCAAAUCUAUCGUAGAAAAUAAAUCUUACCGCAGUCGAUAUCGAGAUAGAUCAAGUGAACGUUCUCGGGAAAGAAGAGACAGAGAUAGAGAUAGGGAUAGAGAUAGAGAUAGAGAUCGAGAUAGAAAUAGAAACAGAGACAGAUCCAAGGAUAGAAAAGAUACACCACAUUAUGUUGAACAUGUACCCUUGCGUAUUUAUUAUGAUACUUUUCCUCCGAGACCAUUCGUGGUGAGUCCUAUGGUCAUUCCUAGAGGACAGGUUCCUCCUUUGGGAAGAGGCCGGCAUCCUCCUUUAAUGGCACCAGUUAGGCCAUUUCCACCGCGAUUUGUUCCACCUGAUAUGUAUAGAAUGGGACCUCCAGCUCCUAAUCCAAGAUAUGGACCUAUAUUUGGAUAAAAUCAAGAAAGGAAUCAAAUUGUUUUUGGGUUCACUUGCGGGCAAGUCGGAUCAUGUGCUUUGGCACAUUCUUAUUCGAACGUGUGCAUUUGGAAAUUUAUAUUCGAUAAAAUUUACAUUUGUUUAAACGAAUGUACAAGUCUGAAUUCACAAUAGAUAUAUAGUAAACUUUCGACUUUUUUCUCGAAGUAAUAAAAUAUAACAAUUUUUGACAAAAAGCAUGUUACCAAAAAUUGCAAUAACGUUUAAAUAUUAGUAAUUGCGAAGUAUUUAAUGAUGCUGGAAACGUUUUAGUAUUUAAUGAUGCUGGAAAUGCUUUUGCUCAAAAUUGCGUUACAAUUUAAUGUUUAGAGCAAAAGACUAAAGGCUUACUACACCUAUUAUGGAUUCGGAUUAAGGAACAACACGAAAAAAAUACUUGUAUUAAGUUCUUAACGUAAUUCUAUUAUACGUGCGUGUUAUAGAUUUUGGGUAUAUUUUGGGGUUUUAUAUAUAUACACAUACAUAUAUAUAAUAUACAUAUAUAUACAUAAAUACAUACGUACAUACAUACAUACA